GACAAUCCGCAGCCGCAUCCGAUCAAAAAGCGCAAAAAUGACGGGCAUUCCAGAUAGAUCAUGGCAGCCUCCGUACGUUACUCUAGAAACAACCAUGGGCGACAUAACCAUAGAGCUGUACUGGAAGCACGCCCCUAACACGUGCCGAAACUUCGCCGAACUUGCCCGCCGCGGCUACUACAACAACGUCAAGUUUCACAGAAUCAUACCGGAUUUCAUGAUUCAAGGCGGCGACCCCACGGCUACAGGCAGAGGCGGUGCGUCCAUUUAUGGCAAGACGUUCGACGACGAGAUACACCCCGACUUGAAGCACACAGGAGCUGGAGUGCUGUCGAUGGCCAAUUCCGGUCCGGACACAAAUGGUAGCCAGUUCUUCAUUACGCUCUGCCCGACCCAGUGGCUGGACGGCAAGCACGCAGUCUUUGGUAGAGUGCAGUCGGGCAUGACCGUGGUCCAUCGCAUGGGACGAGUCCCCACCGACAACAAUGACCAUCCACUCGAAGACGUCAAGAUUGUGCGCGCAUAUGUACGGACAAAGUAACUUCAUCUCCCCAGGUGCAUUUCCCUAAGAACUGUUAUCGUGACUACUCAUCACCCACUGGCCUUGUUUGAAGACGAGCUGCUGCACUACGAGAAAUUUGAAAGCAAUGGUUCUUGGGCAGUUUUUUUUUUUUUCACCUUUCAUUAAACGGCUUUGUGCACUACUUCAUUUGCUCCUCGUUGGAUAAGCUAUAGAGAUCGAGCAUAAACAAGCCUAAUGUUUGUAUAAACACUUUCAGGGAUAGCUUUACUUUCAUACCAUUUCAUGCGACUUAAAAGCAAGUUUCACGACCCAAACUCGACUAUGGAUAUGUUGCGUCGGUAAAUUUCAAAGGAACAAGUGAAAGAAAAGUGACAAGUGCUCUUAACGUUCCGUCUGACCAUGAAUAAAGAAAACUGUUUCCCUUUCGGCAAUACA